ACAGGCAAGCCUAGACAAGCACCUGUUAUAUUCGGGGGUGCCUUGAUGUACCUUGCACCGUGUCCAAAUGAUAUAGUACAAUUAGUUUUUUCGUCUGCCUGAUUUUGCAGCUUCAAUCGCCCCCCACUCAGGCUAAUGAGCUUUUAUACUGGUGUCGUACCUGCAGACGGCCCCUCUGCAGAGACUGGCAUAGAUUGGUCACUCCAACAGACUCGGACAAAUCUCCAGUCUCCCACUAGUGUCAGGGCUACGUCUAACUCCGGCAGUUAUGCAACUCCACUGACUCCUGCGCAAACAUAUGCGCGCACUUUCGUCUCUGAACAACCUGUUUUGCAAUACACCAUCGAGCGCCAGCAGCUAGAGAAACCAUCCGAUCAACAACCGGGGCCAAAUUUGCAGUCUCUAAUCGGUGUUUCCGCGCCUACACGCGGUCAAUCAUACGCUCAGCGCCUGUAUGCCAGCUCGUUAAGCAAGCAGCCCCAAGCUCAGACCCACCAGCAGCCCACCAACAGGCAGCCUUCCUUUGAACGUGGAGAAUCUUCAAAAAACCGAGUUCCGGCUGGCCCACGGGCUCCUUAUGGUGGCAGAGCAUCUCUCAUGUUGAAUGCGGAUCAUACAAACGUUCCUCAAACUGUCUCUGCCCUUGAUUUCUACCAUAACAGCAUCGCAAAACUUGAUUUCCAGUUACCGCAGCCGGUACCUGAACGAGGCACCAAGUCCUCAGGAGCUUCGCACCCUCAGUCAGCAACAGGUUCCGCUUCACGCAUCCUCGUGGCCCAUUCCUCAGUUCCUAUUCAGGUGCCUCACGGCCUGCAAGCACCCAGUAGACGUAGCCCAGUUCCAGUGGAACUCUCCGAUGGGCCUCCACCAUUGCCUGCUGGUGACCCCUGGCGGUCAAGUCAGGCGGGGUUGCACAGUAGGAACCCACCUACAACGCAUGUGAUACCAGGCAGUUCGACGUCAUCAGACAUCCCUCUACGGCCUGAGAGCGUGAACAAUGCCAUAGCUUCACCUGUUCCACCAGAGACACUCCCAAGGGAGUCUAGUCCAUACUCGGAGGAUUGUUUAAGAGGUGUGGUUGCGAUCACUUCUAACCCCGAGUCCGUGACUCGACCUAGUGAUCCCUCGCCUGCACCUAUACAGAUUGAGAGUCUUGAUGUUGGCAGUUCCGAAGAAGUACCGUUAUAUUCCCUCGUUGACGACGAUCCUCCUCCGCCAGACUUCGAUGAGUCGCAAUCCAUGUGCAGCGUGACCAUGGCGAGCACAUAUCACGCUGAAUCGCCUGUAGUACUAUUACUCCCUGCUGUGCCCUCGCCCACACCGCACGAGUCCGAUUCUGUAUCUGGAGCUGUACCUUCAACAGGUGCAGAUGCUCUCUCAUUCGUUGAGACCCCUCGCGCACUUUCUCUAGAACCUCUCUCGGGAUCUCCGCGAACCUCACUGGCCAUGCCAGAAGUAGCGUCAUACCCUACGGGGAAAGCACCUGAAGAUGUUAAGGGGAAGUCGUAUGAUGACUCUGCAAAGGACUCUAUACCCAAGUUCUCUGAGAGGUCAUCAUCCAUGGAAGCUCCAUCGUCAUCUCGAACCCUAUCCGAGCAGGUGCCUUCAUACAGGCAAUCUAGGUAUAACACCGCUCCUCAAGACAUACCGCAUCCUCCUAGUUCCCCGCCGGGCCCCCCACACAAUAACACGUCUGCGAAGACUUUUUCUGCAGCACCACUACCCGCUCUUCCACUGAGGAGUCCUGUGGUUUCUACAUCAGCGACCAACACGGCUUCCGCACCUCCAUCUAUGAUGCCUGCAUCUCCUCCAUUAAGCCCAAAGGUGUCCGCUGUGAAACCGGCUGAAGUUCGAUCAGCUACUUCCGUCCCUCUUCAACCCAGUAGCAGCUACCGACCAUCUAACUCAUCGCUUCCUCCAAGAGUCAGGGCAGAGCCCACAUUCCCUCCUUCAUCAGCGGAUACCCCACCUUUCAUGGCUGCUUCUGCAGGAAUCACCUCACAGAUGUAUUAUGCAGGUUUUCCUUCACCUCUUUCUUCACCUCCCCUCUCCCAGCGUUCUCGGGGCCCAUCAGUACUAUCCGCAUCAUCAACUGACAAUCGUCCUACAGAGUUCAGACCCCAGCUAUCUCCGGGUGUAUCCCCUACGCUGCAAGGACAGGCUCCUUACCAGUCGCCGCGUGAAACCUUCCAGCCUCCCACAGAGUCCAGACCCCAGCUAUCUCCGGCCGUAUCCCCUACACUGCAUGAAUACGCACAGGCUCCUUACCAGUCGCUGCAAAGCUUCCAACCACAGGCCUUGCCGCCGCCCCCAUCUCAAGAUGCAAGAGCAAUAGCUACACCUACUCAACCAGUUCAAUCUAGCAGGGGACUUGGAAUAAAUAUCGCGACAGGUCUCGCGGCGGGAGGUGUUCUUGGUCUGCUCGGCGGGGCUGUGCUCGCUGAGACACUCGAUGGCGGCGAUAUUGUUGACGAUAUCACUGGAAGUAUGGAUGGGAUGACGUUUGGAAAUCCUGCAGAUAGUGUGUUCGACCCCAAUAUGGGUACUGGUAAUAUUCUAGGGAACGGAUUCGACCCUACGGCGAUCUUUCAAGGAAAUCAAACGUACGACGGGGACUCCUUGGGCCAAACAUACAACGUGUCUGAUCAGACCACGGGGAACGGAGUAGACUUCACCCAAUUUCAAGGACAGUUGCAGCAGCAGCCAAAUAACCAGAGUAAUCAAAGCAGCAGCACGCACUAUCUGCAUGAUGCAGGAAAGCUCCUGCAAGCCGCUUACAAGAUGUAUAACAAUUCGCAUAAGACUGAUGCAACCCAGGGAUCUCAAAGUUCACAGACAACAGUUCCACUGCAACAAACCUUGGCAUCCACGAUGUCCGGCAUCUCAAAUAUUGGUCCUAAUUCGCCGCCGAUAGAAUACACACACACAAGCUACCCCAGCCCGACCCAGCAAACCGGACAACCCAUGCAUCCCAUGGCAUCUCAAACAGCACAACUACCCACUGCCACACCAUUCUCACAACAUCUUCCUUCUUUCAAUCCUGCUUCUCAGCAGGGCACACAUUAUCAUCACGCGUCCUCACAUCAUCACACACCCUCACAUUCUCACCAUCACACGUCCUCACAAAGCUUUCAUACAUCUCACACCCAGAGCCCGUAUACGAAUCAUGUUACUUACCCCUCCUCCGGGACCGCCACUCAUACCAUGUACUCGCAGGGUCAGCCAAUACCAGCCCAGCAUGUUGUGAACCACGGUCACGGCACCGCCCCUCACCACGCUUAUUCACCCCAAUCCCAGGCGGGACCCUCCGUUCAUCCCGUACAACAUCAUGCUCCAGGAAACUCGCCACAACAGCCUCCGAAUGAUAAUAUAGACAAAACUAUGCUUGCAAAAAAAUUCGUCAAGGGCGCGUUGAUGGCUGGUGGUCUUUUCGCAAAAUAUAACCGUCUGAGUGGAGGCAAUGGAUUUGUAGGGAAUUCAUGGAAUGGCCAGAAUAAUGGAGGAUUUUUGUAGCUGCUAGCCCCAUGCUAUUCAUCAUGCGAAUUCUGUACUCGAUUAUAUGAUACCAUAUAUACCAUCACGUAGUAGCACUAGUCUAAAUAUUUAUCUUGUAGUGCUUUCCAAUCCUGUAGGCUGAUCAGCUUUUCGCCCGCUAUCCUCUCGCUUUCUUGUCUUGCUCCUAGCUAUGCACCGAAUACGAUAGGCACAAUAGGACUUUAACUUUAUCAUAUAUUCAAUUCUGACGCUGGUCAUCUGUCAACGAUGACCAGCCUGAGGUCGACCUCAAUUCUGUUUAUGUAAACUCAGAUUCGUACUCAUCUCAUUUCGGUCUGCAUGGACGUGCAACCACCGUCCUCCCAAUG